GGGAGCUCAAAUUGUACUGUGUAAUGGUGAGGAGAGUCCUAAUGAGAAUGAGAGGGCUUGGACAUUAGCCUAAAAAGUCCCGUGGUUUUCUCCCUUUCCGGGUUUCCACGUAAAAAUAGCUUGUUCAUACACAUUUAUACAUAUAUUUACUAUAUCGUGUUGGAUUAAACUCAACACUGGCGCCGUCUGUGGGAAUCUGUCCAAAAAGAUUCAUGUGUUCUACACAAAUAUUCAUACGGAAAAAGACUGAUUUCCGACAAGAAAAAGGAUUCUGAAAAGCAAAACAUGAGGAUGAAGGUUCUGGGAACAAGGAAGAAGAAAUUAUAGGGAAAGAAAAAUGAUUUCAGCAAAAAGAAAGAAAAAAUUCUGGAGCUUUGGCCUUGGGAAGCUCCGGAUCUGAAGCAAGAAUGUGGUUGCCAGCAGCGCCUGCCCAAUUGACCGAGCAAGAAGAAAGGAGGAGAUGGUGAAGUCUGGGAGUCAAGUCUGGAUUUUCCUAGAGCUGGGUUGGGGUUACCGGAGCCGCCAUCACCAUCCCCGACCGCCGUGGACCCUCCAUUGUGUUCACCUGCAGCCAACGAAGCCGCUGCAGCACUCCAGAUCUUGCAGCACCUGCAACACAGUUGCUCACCAAUCGCAGGCCACUCCUUCACCUACUCUGAGGCCGUGAGAGCCUCCACCACCCUGCCGACGUGACUCGAGGUACCUCCCGGCUAGGAGUUCUGGGAUUCCGGCCGUUAACGGUGGUGUAUAGCUCACGGAAAGGUACUAGAGACUAGCCGCUCAGGCUGUCCUUGCUCUGCCGCGACCACCAUCUCUACCCGCAGAAAGUGGUCGGCAAGUACGAACUGCGUCUGGAUUGGUAGGAGGGUGCUCCACCUGCCUUGUCUAAAUGAUAUGCUCCGCAUACAAUGCCUUGAUCUAAGGCAGACCACGUCCGCAGGUUUGAGACCAAGUGACAGGAGGCCAAUUGAUUUUGAGGAGUUGACCAACAGAUGGAUGAAUCAGGAGCUGGGUCCAUAGGUUGAUGGGUGUUGACCAAGUCAAAAUCGAAAAUUGAAAAAAAAAAAGGGAAAAAGGAAGCAAAUCUUGCUCUACACAACAUCAACACCGGCCGAGCCUCUAAUCCAAGAGCUAAGUAUCAUACGAACUCCCUUGUUUACUAAUUUAUUAUUUGGGAUAAUGAUAUUAGAUGCUUGGGUUGCUAUUAUCAAUUUUUGUCACCAUUAUUUAAUAGGAGUUAAAACUCCCGAAAUUAAAUAAUGCCGAGCAAGGCUCAAAUGAGUAAAAGCUCUAGUGAUAAUUAGUUUGACCGUCAUUUAAAUUAGAUGACUGGUUGUUGUGGGUCCAUUGGCCCGCUCCUAAUUGGCUUUAAUUAGCGAUCGGAGCAUAUCUGAAUGACCUAUGAUAGAAUAGCCUCAGUGCUAUUACAUGUCACAUCACUAUUAUUUAUUAGGGAUAAAAAUGUCCCGAAUUAAAUAAUGCUGAGCGAAGAUCUAGUGAUAGUUAGUUCGGCCAACAUUUUAUUAAAUGUUUAAUUGUUGAUGGGCCUAAUUAGCCCACUCUCGAUCGGCUUUGAUUAGCGAUCUGAGCGUCUCCAGAGGGUAGUGCCCCGAUGACGCGUUUUAAUUUGGGGGUUACGCAUUAGUCCGCACGGCACCAAGUGCCCGAGCGACGAUUGUACCCUAGUACCAUCUGCGCCACUAGGCGAAGUUACUAUGCCAAACGCGGCCUGUGGGGCCCGAGGGCGCCAAAGCGCCCAACCUCGUUUUCUCGAGGACAGUGCGACUAACUUGGGUCUGAGUUUGAAAACUCACAGACCGAUGAAUAUUUUUAUGUGACGUUCGGUAGGCUGCUAAAUGGCCCCGCCGCGAGCUGCUACGUCCAUUAACCCCGCACGAUGAGUCGGGCCGAGGGUCACGAUGACCCAUAGGCCGGUAAUCGUGGGUGUUAAAGAGAAAGCCAUGCAGAUGGUUAUGUGUGCAUAUUUAUUGUCGGGCCGUGCGGCCCGUUACCAUGUUAGUUACGCAGCUGAAGCCACUCGACGUGAUCGAGCGAAAUGAUUAAAAGACGCUCGGCCUGAGUCUCAAAGACGUUCAGGGCCAGUUAGAGAGGAGACCAUCACGGCUGAGAGCCGAGAGACGAGCAUCUCCACCCAGAGGCCGAGGGCCUAGAGGAGACCACCACGGUUGAGAACUGUGGGACAAACAUCUCCACCCCAGAGACCGAUGGCCUAGGAAGAACACCUAGAGGCCGAUGAUCUAGAGGGGACUACGACGGCAAGGAAUCGUGAGACGAUCAUCCAUCAUUUAGAGGCCGAGGGCCUGAAAGAGACUGUUACGAUCGAGGGCCGUACGACAUCAUCAUAUCAUGACCGGCCUCUCGGCACAACAUGAUUAGCAUAUUUGAAGACCGGCCUCGUCCCCGCACUACGCGGAUGAGGACCGUUGCUUGGAUUCAGAUCGGCCUCUCAUUGCCGACAUCAUUAUAUCACGACCGGCCCCCCGGCUCGGCGUGUUUUCCAUACUUGAAGAUCGGCCUCGUCCCCGCUCCUCGCGGAUGAGGACCGCUGAUUAUCUCUCUUUGGAUCGGCCCCAGCGCCGACGUAAUACAUGGCCACCGACCUCCUGGUACGGUGCCACCAUCAUAUUUGAAGACCAGUUUCAUCCCCGCGCUGCGUGGAUGAGAGCCGUUGCUCGGAUAUAUCGGCCUGAUCGGACACUAUUGUCAUCUCCUUAUCAGGACCGACUGAUCAGCGACAUUAUGAUCAUUAUCGGCUCCCAAUGCCGACCUUCUUGAGUUAGCGAUCGGGCUCACCCCUCCCCUCCAGGAGGGUGACCACCGCCUUCGCAUGACGACCAGCUAUUCCAACGCCUCGUCAUUUUAUUUGUUUUGGUUUCCAACGCCUCGUCAUUUUAUUUGUUUUGGUAUCCCACCACCAUUUUAUGUGACAUCACUUAUUUUCCUCCCUAAAAAAAAAUAGAUGGGGAGAAGGGGAGACAAGCUCCUAUGAGAGAGGGAGUCUUGACGAGGUAUGCCAGAUCUUCCACUACCCGCGAAUGACGAACGACUCCUGACACGGAGGUUAGUCGGAACGCGAGGGGGGGGGGGGGGGUAGACAAACCAAAGGGAACCUCGGCAAGAUAAACUAGUUCCUCCCAUUUCCCGUGGAUCGACGAACACCUUCUGCCAGAGCAGAAGGCUAGUAGGGCCACGAGCAUGAGACGACGAAGCAGGGAACCCGCGAUAGGGUAAACUAGUUCCUCCUUGCGAUCGGUGGAUGCCGAACGUCUUUUUCGAGGGAAGAAGAUUAGUAGGAUCACGACAGGGACGAACGAAGAAACGGGAACCCUGACAGGGUAUACCAGUUCCUCCCCCUUGAUGGACGGAUGACGAACGUCUUCUGCGAAGCCAGAAGACUAGUAACUCACGACUGGGGACGAACAGAGAUAGGGAAUCCCGACGUGGAUAAACCUGUUUCUUCUCAUAGUUGGGAUGACAAACGUCUCCUGCGAAACCAGGAGACCAGUAACUCACGAGACUUGGGAAGAACGAAGACUAGCUCCAUGGAUCAGACACGAAGGACCAGUUCUUUACCGGAGUCUGUUGCGUGCCGAGUGUACACCGCUUAGCGGUCCAUACAUAGGACCACGGAUACGGUAGACGAACGAAGACCAGCUCCAUGGAUCAGACACGAAGAACCAGUUCUUUACCGGAGUCUGUUGCGUGCCGAGUGUACACCGCUUAGCGGUCCAUACAUAGGACCACGGAUACGGUAGACGAAUGAAGACCAGCUCCAUGGAUCAGACACGAAGAACCAGUUCUUUACCGGAGUCUGUUGCGUGCCGAGUGUACACCGCUUAGCGGUCCAUACAUAGGACCACAGAUACGGUAGACGAACGAAGACCAGCUCCACGGAUCAGACACGAAGGACCAAUUCUCCACCGGAGUCUGUUGCGUACCGAGUGUACACCGCUUAGCAGUCCGUACAUAGGACCACGGAUACGGUAGACGAACGACGAUUAGCUCCCCAGAUCAGGUAGGAGGGACAUCGCCCAGAUUUAUUUCAGGCUCACCAUUCCUUCCCGGAUGGAGUCCUGGCAGACGAUCGGCUUCUCACAGCCAAUCAGGAGAGAGACUUGACACAUCAGAGACGAUUACCACUCACCGACAGGCCGAGGACCAUGAGAUGAUCAUCACUAUUUGUCUGUAUCACGAUCGGCCCCUCAGCGCCAUCGCGUCCAGACUCACGGUUCGGCUCGCCCAUUCCCUCCAGGAUGGCGACGACCGUCUUAUGCAGGUACGAUCGGCCCCUCAGCGCCAUCGUACCCAGCUCACGUUCAGCUCGUCCAUCCCUUCCAGGGUGGCGACGAACGUCUUAUGCAUCACGAUCGGCCCCUCAGUGCCAUCGUGUCCAGACUCACGGUUCGGCUCGCCCAUUCCCUCCAGGAUGGCGACGACCGUCUUAUGCAGUACGAUCGGCCCCUCAGCGCCAUCGUACCCAGCUCACGUUCAGCUCGUCCAUCCCUUCCAGGGUGGCGACGAACGUCUUAUGCAUCACGAUCGGCCCCUCAGCGCCAUCGUGUCCAGACUCACGGUUCGGCUCGCCCAUCCAUUCCAGGAUGGCGACGAACGUCUCUUAUGCAGCAUGAUUGGCCCCUCAGUGCCAUCGUGUCUAGUUCAUCUCCGGGUCGCCCAUCUCCUCCAGGAUGGGGACGGAUAUCUUAUGCAGCACAAUCGGCCCCGCCGUGCCAUUGUGUCGAGUUCAUCUCCGGAUCGCCCAUCCCUUCUAGGAUGGCGACGACCAUCUUAUGCAGCACGUCUGCCUCUCGGCGCUGACAUGCCCGGUUUAUCGAUGAGAGCCACCACUUCCUAUCACAUCUCACAUUCCUUCUCUCAUACAUUGCACCCAUACAUUACAUGCAUUCAUGCAUUCAUGCAUCAUACCUCAUACAUUCAUACAUACACACGUGCAUCAUGUUUUGACAGUACCGCGACGUCGGUUCAUAGAUGCAUGGACCUCUAAGCUUCUCCGAUUGGAAAGCUCGAGUCAGAGUCCUUUACUCCCGCCUGAUGCAUUCAGGGGGAGUGUGCCCGUGGAGGAGCACCCUUCGCCCGACCCCGUCGGGAAGGGGGGUGCCUCACCGGCAGAUUACGUUCAGGAGUGCAGACAGCCACUCAUAUAUUAUGAUUAUUCGAAGACACAGUUUCCAGCAAGACAGAGGAAGAGCGCAGGCAAGACUAUAUUUUCUCGAGCAGAUUCGCACACUCACUACUCAAGAAACUGGGGGACUUGUGUUGGGAUAUAUUAUCCCGGCCUAUUACUGUUCAGGAGCCCAAGACAUUAUCCAGUACGGAGCCCGAGCAGCUAGGUCCAUUUCGGCCCAUUCUGGCCCACUUUGGCCAUUAGGCCCGACAUCGACCCGUUUGGCCCAUUAGGGUGGAGUACUUCCCUCACCCCUUUCCCUAUUUAUAGGAGGUUUUCCCUCCAUGUAAAGGAUUCUUUUCCUUCUUCCCCAACUCUUAUUUUCUCUCUAGCUAGUUCACUACUCCAUUAAUGGGAGCUCAAAUUGUACUGUGUAAUGGUGAGGAGAGUCCUAAUGAGAAUGAGAGGGCUUGGACAUUAGCCUAAAAAGUCCCGUGGUUUUCUCCCUUUCCGGGUUUCCACGUAAAAAUAGCUUGUUCAUACACAUUUAUACAUAUAUUUACCAUAUCGUGUUGGAUUAAACUCAACAGCCACCUUAAGUGAUAAAGAAGUAGUAUCACUUACAUGAGUAACUCCAAGAAUACGCUCAAUAAUACACCCAUUUGCAUUCACAUACCGAAUGAAAACAAUCAUCUGCUCUUUCACUGAUAUGUCUCUAGACUCGUCAACUAAUAUGCCAAAAAAAUCAUCUCCAACUUCCUUAAGGAUAAGAUUUGUUGUCUCCUUUGAAAUUGCAUUGAGAAUAUCCUUUUGGAUAGGUGGAGAAGUCAACUGGUGAUUUCCGGGUGCAUUUCGCAUCACUACUUUGGAAACAUCUUCAUUAUGAUCGGCGAGGAAUGUUAAGAGCUCAAGAAAGUUCCCUCGAUUAUUUGAUUCAUGGCACUCAUCAUGUCCACGCAAAGGCAACCCUUGUCUCAAAAGCCACCGUAUACAGUCAAUGGAUGCAGUUAAACGUACAAGCGAUGAACGAAGAAGGACGAGCGACGAACGACGAGAGCCAUCUCCAACUCCGGUGAACCCCCAUCUCCGGCGACCCCAUUCCAGCGAACCUCCAUCUUCAUCUUCAACACUCUUUCUUCUUUCUUCUAGGCAUGGAGGUGACAGCGGAUCCUGGGCCGAGUGAUCGUUCUGUCCUGACAUUGCAGGCCUCGCACAGGAGUGAGGAUGUUUGGCUUGGCCUGGAUGUUCAGGUGGAUAGGUGUCGCGAGCAAUUGCGAGGUUUGUCGCAUAUGCACGUGGACGACAGAGUACUGGCCUAUGUUCGUGCAGCGGGUUUUUAUGGUCUGCACAGAUUAGUGGCUACUGUGCCUCUAGAUAGAGCGCUUCUCACUGCUCUACUUGAGCGUUGGAGGCAGGAUACACACUCAUUUCCCCUCCCUGUUGGUGAGGUGACAGUGACAUUGGGAGAUGUUGCUGUACAUACUUACCGGGUUACAGGUUGAUGGGAGAGCUGUUACAGGCACUGCUUGUCGACAGUGGGUAGAUGAGUGUGAGCGGUUGUUAGGUAUCCGCCCCAUUCUUCGGACUGACCUUCAGGGGUCAUCUCUGAGGAUGCCAUGGUUGAGGGAGCACUUCCAGGUGCUUCCUCCAGACGCUGAUGAGGUGAUGAUCCAGCAGCAUGCCCGAGCAUAUAUCUUGAUGAUGAUGGGAGCCUCCAUUUUCGCUGACAAGAGCGGAAAUGAGAUUCAGGUGUUGCACUUGCCUAUGCUAGAGAGGUUUGAUGUAACAACACAGUUCAGCUGGGGUAGUGCCACGCUGGCUUAUCUGUACAGACAGCUGUGUCGCGGCUGCCAGAGAGGGAGCACAGAGCUUGGGGGAUUUUUGCUACUCCUCCAGAUUUGGUCAUGGGAGUAUAUCCACAUUGGGCGUCCCAUUGUAGUCGCAUAUCAUGACAUUGAUGGACACCCACUGCCUGAUGAGCCUCCACGUCUUCUAGGACCACAUCAUGUACGGGGCGAGGACCCUCUAGGCCGUCGAUGGCUAUAUAUAUGCUGGUCUAUCUCGCAUGUCAUCCGUACUGGGCUCGGUGUCUACAGGGAUGCAUUUGAUCGGAUGUCUGAGGAUCAGAUUACAUGGAUGUCGUACACACCUGAGAUGUUGGCAGAGUUGCCCCUAGCUGGACGAGAGCAUAGUCACAUAUGUUUGGGUUUGAGCAGGUCAUUCCACGGCCUAUCGACACUUAUGUUGAGCUGCAUAGGCUGGAUAAGCGUGGGAAGCAUACAAAGGAUUGGACACUCAGACAUGUCCGAUACGUCACUAUGUGGGAAAGGCGAGUUGAGCUAGUUGUGGCUGGGACACCGACAUUUGUCCCGUCUGUUUCAGGAGACUACAUGGGAUGGUAUUACAACAUCACUCGUUUGUUUGUGUCUCCUUCGUUCAGACUCCCUACUCAUCAUUAUCAGCCUAGCUCUUUGGCUUUGCAUCUUACGACACGAGCUUUGCAGCGCAUACAUCAGCGGGCUACUGCCACAGUGACUGAUACUCAUGAUGUGGACAUGUAUGGACAGGCUCUAACAGGCAUUGCCUCCUUGUGUUCAGAUGUGUUGGGGAGAGUCGACUACGGCCAUCUUAUACACAUGCCCCCAUCUCAGGAGAUACCAUCGACGUCUAGUGCAGCGGCGGCUUCAUCAUCCCAGACGCAGCAUGAUAGAGUGGUUCUUCAACCACGACAACGACGUAGGCGUAGACAUGAGCAGCAACGUCUCCAUGACCAAGAUGACCAAGCGACCAUGG